AUGGGCAUGGAGCCAGACCUGCAGAGUGGCACCUGGGUGGUCCAGGUGGGCUCCCAGCAGGCCUCAUUGGCUGCCCAUGCACCCACCCCCAGGUCACACCCAGAGCAUGUCACGGUCCUGAGGGAAGGCGUGCGCCAGUGCCUGCAGCAACAGUGCGAGCAGACGGUGCGGAUCCUGCACGCCAAGGUGGCCCAAAAAUCAUAUGGAAAUGAGAAGCGGUUCUUCUGCCCCCCGCCCUGUGUCUACCUCGCAGGUCCCGGCUGGAGGGUGAAGCCAGCGCAAGGCCAAGCCCACCAGCCCGGGGAAACCGGACCCACGGUCUGCGGCUACAUGGGACUGGACGGCGCGUCCGGCAGCGCCGCCGAGACGCAGAAGUUGAAUUUCGAAGAGCAGCCAGACUCCAGGGAAUUCGGUUGCGCCAAGACCCUGUACAUCUCGGACGCAGACAAGAGGAAGCACUUCCGGCUCGUGCUGCGGCUAGUGCACCGCGGGGGCCGGGAGCUCGGCACCUUCCACAGCCGCCUCAUCAAGGUCAUCUCGAAGCCAUCGCAGAAGAAGCAGUCGCUGAAGAACACCGACCGUGAGCCGGGCGGGGCGCGAGGGCUGGGCGGGCGGUCAGGUGCCACCAGGUCCGGAGCCGCCUUACUGGGGAGGGCAGAGACCUAG